UCUCUCACCAGUCUGUCUCCUUUCGCUGUCUUGUCUCCCGGCCCAAGAUUUUACUCUCUCUCCGUCUGUCUUUCUCUUACUCUGUUCCUUGUUUUUCGUGCCACGGUCUUUGUCUCCAGGUCUGCGAUUUCGUUGGUGCAACGGUGAGUGGUUGAACGAGGGACCAUAAGGAACACCAACACCUUCAUCCGAGUAGGAUUUUCGACCAUCAGGCAGACCAAUGAUGUCGAUGGAAAUGAGUGAUGACAAUGGCCUUCUCUCCGGCAGAAGGUCAGGGAGAAUGAUCAACUUCUGGCGGUCGAGGACGGGCAUGGAGCGGGUGCUGUUAGUCGUCACGGUAGUCCUCGGCAUAAUGGUGUUCGGGUUCAUCAUCGGCGUCGCGUCGCUUAAUAAGACAAUUCAUCGAGACGAACAGACCAUCAGCCAGUUAAGCCGAGAACUGGCGGACUGCGAAGCUCACCUCAGCACCACCACAGCCAGCCCUGCCACCACCACAGCCAGCCCUGCCACCACCACAGCCAGUCCUGCCACCGCCACAGCCACAGAUACCACCACGCCAUCCAGUACAGCCGCCACCCCAUCCACCACACCAUCCACCGCAGCCACUACAACCACCACAGUCGACACAGCAUCCACCACAACCACCCCAUCCACCACAGUAUCCACCGCCCCAUCCACCUCAUCCACCGCCCCAUCCACCUCAUCCACAGCCUCAUCCACCUUAUCCACCGCUCCAUCCACCUCAUCCACCGCCUCAUCCACUUCGUCCACCACCCCAUCCACCACCGUAUCCACCUCCUCCACCACCCCAUCCACCACAUCCGUCCCUGACACCACAGAACAAAGCAGUGACACCACAACUAUCACCACUCCAUAAUCGCACUCAAAGUCCCGAACUGAAACUGCCAUUCCGUUAUCCAGUAAAAGUGUUUCUACAACUUCUAAUGCUGGAAUGAAAUUUUAAAUUGCAUCUAAUAAACGUUAAGUAAGUUCUUAGUUAGAGAGACACACACACAUUAUAUAUAUAUGUGUGUGUGUGUGUAUGUGUGUGUGUGUGUGUGUGUGUGUGUGUGUGUUUGUGUGUUUGUGUUUGCAUGUUUUUAUAUAUACAUACGUAU